UUUUUUCAUCCUUAUAUAAAGAGAAAUUCUAUGGUGCAGUUGCCAAUUUGACUUCAGUGGUGAAGUCACUGUCUGACCAAUCAGAAUUAAGCCCUAAGCCCUAAUAGUGCCACAUAGGACUGGAGCAUUAAAUGACCCUUAUUGUCACUUACUAUGGUAAUUUUAUAGUUUGUAUAUUGCAACUUAGUCCCUAACAUAUUAAUAUUAUUUUUAAAAUGUAAUGUUUAUAAACAAAAUCAAUUAAAUUAAAACAAAUUAAUCAACUCAACAAAUUAAUCAACUCAACAAAUUAAUCAACUCAUCUCCAUCUCCCUCACUUCAUCAUCGUGAACAGACGUUGAAAAUAAAAAUUCUUCAUCAUCUCAUCUUGGCAUUUUUUUCCCAACUACAAACUCAACACAACAGUUAUCGUCUCAUCUUAGCAUUUUUUCCCAACACUGCAAACUCAACACAACAGUAAUCGUCCCAUUCACAGGUUCGUCAAACGUAACAGGACCACAAAUCUGUUUGUGUUCGUAUUGAGCACGCUGCUGCAAAGGUAAAUGAGAAAAUGGUUGUUAUAUUUGUUUGAAUAGUUAAGAUUUACUGAUUUCAAAUUGGGAAUUAGGGUUUAGAAUUGGGAAUCUGUUUUAUUAAAAAUUAGGGUUUAGGAUUGGGAAUCUGUUUUGUUUACAUGGGUUUUAUAUUUAAUGAUUACGAAAUUUCACUUUUGGUGGGUACCGUUGAAUCAGGUCGAUUGAUUUAAUAAGGGAAUAAGGAAUUGUGAUUGAUGCUUGAAAUGGUUUUCUGUACAUGGGUUCCCUAUUUGAUGAUUUGGAAAUUUCAAUUAUGUUAAGUACCUUUGAUUUGAAUAGGAAAUUAUGUACUGUGAUUUGUGUUGAUUUUUGGUGUGUUAACAAAUGUGUUAAUUCAGGUGUACCAUGGAAAACACCGACCAUUAUGAUUCCAACUACUAUCGAUACCGUGACAGUGGAACAUCUGAUUCUGAAUCGGAGAAUGACAGUAAUUCGGUGUCCAGUGCGUACCAAAGUUCAAGUGAUGGCGAUGGCGAUGGUGAUAGUCACAAUGAAAAAUUCCAUGAAUUUGAUGCAGUUGUAGGUGAUAGAAUACUGAAAAUUGAUGCCCUUACUGCUGAUGAAAUUCGUGCUAUGGAAUUCGGUACAGUUGAUGAAGCUAAUUUGUUUUAUUUCAAGUAUGCUAAAUGUAAAGGGUUUGCCAUUAGGAAAAGUGAUGUUAGGAGAAGAUCGACUGGGGGUGGACAAACAAUUAUAAUGAGGCAGUUUGUAUGCAAUAAACGCGGUCUAAGAGAUACAAAACACUUAAGGAGGCUUGAUAGAAAAAGAGAACACAGACCUACGACCCGCACUAAUUGUCCCGCUAGGCUUCGUGUGCAUUACAACCCCCAGAAGGGUAGUUAUGUAGUGUCAUGUUUUGAAGAGGCUCACAACCAUGAAUUAACACCAUCUAGGUUUAUCCACUUACACCCCAUUUAUCGUGAGAUUACUGCAGCAGAUAGAGCUCAGAUUGACGGUCUACAGUCAAAUGGAAUUAGAACUUGUCAUAUAAUGGGGUACAUGGUUGCUCAGAAGGGUGGACACGAUCGUGUUGGGUUUACAAAGAAGGAUCUGUACAAUUAUUUUGAUAGUAAAAUGCGUGCUACUAUUAAAGAUGGUGACGUUGCCGCUGCUAUAAAUUAUCUAAAUGUGAAGUCAUCUACUGAUCCCAUGUUAUAUGGUAAAUAUGCCGUAGGCACGGAUGGACGAAUGAAGUCCCUUUUUUGGGCUGAUGGAAGCAGUAGAUCUGACUAUUUUUGUUUUGGCGAUGUGAUUGCGUUCGACACGACUUACAAGAAGAACAAAUACAACUACCCAUUGGUUAUAUUUUCAGGGUGUAACCACCACUCUCAGACAGUUAUUUUUGGUGCUGCAUUGGUGUCAGAUGAAACGACAGAAACGUAUAAGUGGUUGUUGGAGUGUUUUUUAGAGUGCAUGGAAAAUAAAUACCCAGAAGCGGUUGUAACAGAUGGAGAUGGGGCGAUGAGGGAAUCUAUAAAACAGGUGUUUCCGGAUGCGACACAUCGUUUAUGCGCUUGGCAUUUGAACAAGAAUGCGACUGAGAAUGUAAAGAACUCGGAAUUUUUGAAAGAUUUUCAAAAAGCCAUGUACUCUAAUUUUACAAAGGAUCAAUUUGAAGAGUUUUGGUCAAAAACAAUUAAAGAAAACGGACUUGAAGGAAAUCCUUGGGUUCAAAAAACGUACGAGAACAGGUCACUAUGGGCAACUGCAUAUCUACGUGAGAAGUUUUUUGCACGUAUAAGAACUACGUCUCAAUGUGAAGCCGUCAAUGCAAUCAUCAAGAGUUAUGUCAGGAAGAAAGGCUGCAUUUUUGAAUUUAUGCACAAUUUUGAUCAGGCUAUGAGAUGUUAUAGAAACAAUGAACUGAUUGCCGAUUUUAAAUCAAUGUUUUCAGAACCUGUGAUGACUACUCAACUGCGUGCCCUUGAGAGCCAUGCUGCGAAAGUUUAUACCACGGAGAUUUUCAAGGAAGUCAGAGAUGAAAUAGUGAAGGCUGGAUCAUUGAUUGUUAAGGAAAGGUUAUUUCACAACGGAUUUAAGACUUAUCGAUUUACAAAAUAUUGUUGUGAUAACUAUGACGUAGAGGUUGUGUAUGAUGGUGAAACACUUCAAUGCGAGUGUAGGUUAUGGGAUUCUCGUGGGAUUCCAUGUUCUCAUAUGUUUGGUGUCAUGAAGGAAGAACAUGUUAGUCUCAUUCCCACCGGUUUGAUUUUGUCGAGGUGGACGAAGGAUGCAAAAAUUCAAUACUUGAACAUGAAUUGUAAUGGUUCUGAUGAUCCUAAUAUGAUUGAGCUAGCUCGGUUUGGUGCAUAUUGUUCUGCAUUUACUGUUUUUUGCAGAGAAGCUUCAAAAAAGGAAGGUGUUUAUGGGGACAUAAUGGGUGAUAUUCUGAUGUUACAAAAAAAGUAUUGCAGUACGGACGAUCCUAUUUUGGCAUCGAACUCAGCCGUAGGUGAUCCAAAUAUUGUGAGUAGCAAAGGUGCUCCAAAGAAAAAAAAGAAUGACAUAAAAGCUAUUAGGCGAUGUUCUAAAUGCAAUAGUAGAACUCAUAAUGCAAGGAGUUGUUUGGUUGCGGAAAACGCGCCAUCUGAACAAAAUGUUGUUAUGACGUCGCGGCCAGUAACUGAUUCAUUCAGCCAAGUUGUGAAGAACAAGAAUGGAAAAAGAGGUCGCAUUGGGGGAAGUAGUGUGCAAAAUAAAUGUACGGAACCACCGAACUCUCGUGGCGCUAAUGUGACGGCGACUUCUCGCGCGGAAGUUGGAAGCACAAGCAUACCCAUGCCUGCAGUGUAUGGAUUGCACCCCGUGUUGCCAGUGGUACAACCGGUGCAGCAUCCAAUGCACUUACAACCGGUAAUCCCAUUAUAUCCAACGACAGUUGCAGAAAAUUCGGGUUCGUGUUUCGGUAGGCUACAACGACCGAUGAACAAUGGUGGUACUUGAACGAGCAAAGAAGUAGCUGUAAUUUGACCAGGCAUGGAUUUGGAGGAUGGAUGAACAAUGGGCUGAGUAUUUAGGUAAUUACGUUUACGAUGAGGUUGAACAGAAUGUCGAUCUCAGUGACAUUGAAAGUGAUGAAGGUGAAGAAGAGAUGGAUGAAAAUUUUGGUGAUCCCAUGGUCGAAGAAAAUGGCAUUUCAUUCAAUUAUCGUGUCACUGCUGCUUGUGUAAGAGGAAAAAAUGUUUUCCACUUUCCAUCUAAUGUUGCUGACAACUGGUUAUUGCCGUUGCAAACUGAGAUAGACAUUGUCGAUGUUCAUACCGAUGCUGUUUACCCAUGUGUGUUGAAGACUGGUAGGAGGCCAGGGGAGAGAUAUCUUUGCUUAGGUUGGUAUGAGUAUGUUAAAGCAACUCGUCUGAGGGCUGGUGAUGUUCUUGAGUGCACUGUGGCAGAUCCUCCUACAAGAAUGUUUGUUCGUUUUAUGAUGUAAUACGAAUAAUUUUAGGCGUAUAAUUAAACUUGGUUGAAGAUGGAAAGUAAUUUUCUUUGAUGUUUUGUUAAGUAGUUGGUAUGUAGUUUGUUUUGAUGUUGUCUGUUUUGGUGUUGGAAUGAAUCAAAUGUCGAGUUUCA